AUGUCUCAGCUUCCGUGGCGCGAGUACGAUCUGGCGCCUUCUCGCGUGCAUUUAGUAGAGUCGGCUGAGAUGCUGCAAACUCAGGUUGACAUCCUCGAAGCGCGUGAUGCUCGACGGUUCAAAGAUCUCCCACGACUGAUAAUUAGUAUAAUUCACAGGAUCACUGGAGCCAAGUUACUUAGUGAGAUUGAGCUCACAAGAACGUUCGGGUUCAGCUACUCCGAUCCCGUGUUCAGUGAGAACUGCAACCAAAUCUGUCGUACCAUCAACGAGCAACGACAGACUCUCGAGAAAAACUUUGACAAUGCUACAGAGGUUGCCAAAGGGCUGAAAGGAAUAAUUUCCUUUAUUAACGAAAUGCUCCUGAAUGACCAUGAAGGUUCUCCCAACUUUCUCCAACUGGACGAGUUCAUCUACGUCGUUUGCGGCAUCAGCAGAUGGCUAACCGGUCUACAGGAUCCCAGUGCAGACUGGUCUGCAACUCUCCGGAUGGUGAAUGAUCUUAUGAACCAGCUCUGUGAAUGUAUCCGGGUGGCGAUGCAGGCUGCGUUCGAACGGACCUACCAAGAUGCACACCUUGCGGUCCAAGCAAAUUACUUCUUCAAGCAGUGUGAACUCAUUCUUGGGAUUAUUGUUUCGCAGCAAAGCAUUCUCAAUAUGAACUCGGAACAAUUUCAGGGAGUCAUUUUGAAUUUGAGCUCGCUGGUGAUCGCCAUGCGUGAGAUGCAGACGAGAUGGCCCAAGGUAUCUGCGAAGAAGUAG